AGUUUGUAUCCAAUUAACGAAUGGCUUGAAGAUUGUUUAAAGUUGAAGAAAGAACUCAACGUCAGCGAUAUUGUAAUGGUUAGCAAAGCUGGCAAUGCACUGAGACAUCGGGGAUAUCAUUAUUAUCGUGAUUGGAGACCCUUAUCUAGAACAUGGGACAAUUUCUGCAAUGAUCUCAUGGUUGCAUUUCCUGAUCGCGAAACCCAUGGUACACGUGCACACGUAGCUGCAACUUUAAGUAGCCGGGACUGUGAUUCAUUAUCUGAAUAUGCACACCAAAAAUUACGUGCCAUAAACCGAUUUUAUAGUCAGUUACCAUGGAAUGUUAUUCUCAGUAUGGUCGAUCAUGGUAUGGACCACCCCGAAGCCAGUUCUGCGAUUCGUGUGCAAAAGCCAACAUCUGAACGUGAGUUAUUAGUAUUACUCAGCGGGUUUGACGCCCGCCGUACCAGAGCAUUCAAAAAUUGCGUCGAAAAACGAGGAAUAGAACGAAGGUCAAAGGGAAAACACGAUAAAAAGGUCGCACGAUUUGGACAACCGAUUUCUAAAUGCUUUAAAUGCGGCCGGCUUGGACAUCAUCAAAAUAAGUGCCGAAUGGUCCAGAAAGAUAAAAAAGGCGAAUCAACCCUUAAUAGUUCAUCAACCUCUAACGAGAUUCCUAUGUGUGAUUUUUGUAAGAAAAUGGGCCACACCGAUAUAAAUUGUUGGCUUAAGCAUGGAAAGCCUAAAAAAGCGUUUUUGAUGAAGAAAUGACGCCAUUUAUCAACCACACCGAUAGACACAAAUUUAUGCGAAGAAAAGACGCUUUCAUUCAUGUAUCUCAUCGACACAG